AUGAAACCAACAAAAAACGAAUCGUUGGCAUAUCUAAGGGAGGUGAAGGAGGUAUUUGCAAAGCAAGACAAGAUCGAAAACUUCCACCACUUUGUUCAGCUCCUCCAAGACUUCCGGACCCAAAAAACUGACACCGACGCUCUCACUCGCGCCGUCAAACAACUCUUCCAAGGCCACCCUCAUCUACUCUUAGGUUUCAAUGCCUUCUUGCCCAAGGAACAUCAAAUUACCUCUCAACCCUGCCCUCAUCCUCCUCUUGCCUUCCGAAAAGCCAUUGAUUUCGUCAACAAGGUCAAGACCAGACUGCUAGGCGAAGGCCGAGAUGAUGGUAUUAAUGUUUAUGAGUCUUUUAUAAACGUUAUGGCUAGUUAUAGAAUGGUCAGCCGGUCAUCCAAACGAAAACGAAACGCUAGUUGUAGUACUAGUAGUUGUGAAUCUAGCGACGAUGACCGCGAGGCUACUGAAGUAAUUUACCACAAGGUUGCAGCUCUUUUCAAAGACCACCCAGAUUUACUAGAAGAUCUCACUCGCUUUCUGCCCCCUCUUCGUCAAGAUUAUCACAGUUACCCUGGACGAACAACAACGGUAAAAGAUAAACGUAACUGCACGCCAAGCUAUUGCUUGCUGCCAAAGAAUUCCUCAUCACCACAUUGUGAUUCCAGAAGAAGAGGGCUUGAGUCUCAAGUACUCAACAACAGUUGCGUACUAUGCGUUACUAGUACUACUUCCACUUCUGUGCCCAGAUCAGAGUAUGAACAAAGCCUUUUUCGCUAUGAAGACGACAUGUAUGAGCUUGACAUGUUUUUGGAGACGGUGAAAUCAACCAGUAAACGUGCAGAACAGUUACUGGACAAGAUCAACAACGGAACAGUUCAUCAAAUCCGUCUUGAAGAUCACUUCACAGCGAUGAAUCUGAGGUGCAUUGAGCGAUUAUACGAUGACAUGGGGCUUGAGGUGCUAGAUGUGUUAAGGGAAAGUGCUGCGGUGGCUUUGCCGGUUAUAAUAGCCCGGUUGAAGCAAAAGUGGGAAACAUGUCCCGAUUUUAAUCGGUUUUGGGCUCAACAAUCUCAAACGUUGUUAGCAAAUUAA